UGCUGUUGUUUCCUUUCCAGAGCAGGUUUGUCGCUGCUCUGCUGUUAAUGAGAUGAGCGACUCCUGCGUCUGCAGAUAAUCCUGUUUGAGGGACCAGUGGUGUCAUCAGUCAAAUCCCCAUCAGAUUAAACGGUGGCAGAGCAGAGUUGCACACAGAACAAAAUGAGACGAGCAGCAGAUUGUGUCCCCGAGAGACAACAAGAUUGAAGCCUCAUUCCUGUUGUAAACUGAAGAAGAGCAUCAACACCCACAUUUGUCUGGGACCUCAAAAGACCCACACAAAAUAAAAGAAGCCUCGACACUGUGAGAAUGGAUUCCUUCAUGUCUCUGGGUGCUCCCCUGAAACAGUUCACCAGCUGCGUGUCGGGGAAAAGCUCCCCCAACAAGAGAGGGGCCAAGAGGAGCGAGUCCGUCCGCAGGAGCAGCUUCACCCGCAGGUCGAGCAUCAGCAGGAGGAGAAGCCUCCCCUGCAGCAGCCAGAAAGUCCCCGACUCCUGGCUCAGGGUGUACCAGGCCGAGCUGAAGAGAGAAAGGAAACGACAACAAGCUGUUCUCGCCAAGAAGAACACUGAGAGGGCUGUGAGGGGGACUCACUUCAGGAGCCACCACUGCCUUCCGAGGCAAACCUCAGCCAGAAAAUCGGGCCCAGCCAAGGACAACUCCUUCUUCGGGGCCUUUCAGGGCCUGAGUCUGGACGGACGGAUGGGAGGAGCUCACCCUGCUCAUGGCCCAGGUGGAGAUCAGUGUUCACUCAUGUGAGAGCAAGAGUUUCGAGGACAGAUUCCCUGAAUUGUUUGGAUUCCUGUCUUUAUUCUCCUGUAAACAAAGCAUUGAUUCAUAAAAACUGGAGUGCUUCUUCAUGAUUCCUUGAUAAUUUACAGACUGUACACUAUCACUCUUUGUUUGUGUAUGGUUCUAUGAAAUAAUAAGGUAUUAAACUGUUAUACAUUG